UUCAUUCCUCUUGUUGUCUUAACAGGCAACUUGACCUAGGAAACAUGGAGAUAUACGCCACAGAGAUAAAGAAACCCAAGCUAGCGAUGUUUUAUAACAUAAAGAUCUUUGUGUUGUGUCAUGGCCUGCUCCAGCUCACUCAGCUCUUGUACAGCUCUUACUUCAAAAGCACCAUCACCACAAUCGAGAGACGCUUUGGCCUGGACAGCCUCUCCUCAGGAACCAUCUCUUCCCUUCAUGAGGUAGGGAACACUGUGUUAAUAGCAUUUGUCAGUUACUUUGGUAGUCGGGUCCACCGACCUCGCUUCAUUGGACUGGGUGGCCUGCUGAUGUCCAUAAGUGCCCUGAUCCUAGCUCUACCUCACUUCCUUUCCCAGCCCUACACUUUUGACUCUGUUCUACACGCAGCGAGCAGACAGGACAUGUGUUAUUUGCGUGCAAAUGCAACGGGUGCUGAGACUUGUGGUCAGGAGGAUUCCCGGAAGCUAGUGGACACCAGUAAAUUUUGGGUACUAAUGGCUACAGCCCAGCUGCUGUUUGGAAUCGGUUCUGUUCCCAUCCAACCUUUUGGCAUCUCUUACAUAGAUGACUUUGCAGGGCCAGAAAAUUCUCCUCUCUACAUUGCUAUUCUCUUUGCUGUGUCAGUGUUUGGACCUUCCUUUGGAUACCUCCUGGGCUCCGUGGUUCUGCGGAUUUAUGUGGAUGUGGACAGAGCCGAUUCAAGGGAGGCAUUGGAGUUGACCCCAACUGACCCUCGCUGGGUUGGAGCAUGGUGGAUGGGUCUGCUCAUCACUGCUGGAGGUCUCGCUCUCACCUCUAUCCCCUACUUCUUCUUUCCCAGAACCCUUCGUGUGGAGAAGUCCUUCGAACUGGAGGGUGAAAUCAAGAAAGAUGACCACAAGAAUUCACAAGAGAGCUCCAUGCUGGAUUUCUUGAAAAUGUUCCCGAAGAUGUUCGUAAGGUUGUUGCUAAGUCCCCUCUUCAUGCUGCUGGUUCUAACCCAGUGCUGCUUCUCCUCUGUGAUAGCUGGACUCGCCACCUUCCUCAACAAGUUCCUGGAGCGCCAGUACAGUGCCUCUGCUGCCUACAGCAGCCUUCUUAUAGGUGCUUUAAAUCUGCCAUCCGUUGCCGUGGGGAUGGUGCUCGGGGGUCUGAUCAUGAAGCGCUGGGGAUUGUCCUUCAGAGCCAUUCCACGCUUCUCUGUCAUCAUGCUCACCAUCUCCAUCUCCCUCUGUGUGCCACUCUUCUUCAUGGGUUGCCCCACACAAGAUAUUGCUGGAGUUUACCCCAAAAAAUCAAAUGGAACUAAAGGGCUGUUCCUGUCCUGUAGUGCCAACUGCUCCUGCCCCAGCAGUGCCUUUAACCCAGUGUGUGGGGAAAACAACUUUGAAUACAUCUCACCCUGCCAUGCUGGGUGCACAAACUUCACCAUGAAUCCCAAGAACCUAUACAGAGUCCAUGCUUUUAGUAACUGCAACUGUAUUCCGAAUAUGGGCACUGCCAAGCCUGGCCCUUGUGCCAACACAUGUCCUCACUUUCUCCUGCCUGUAAUGUUCCUCAUCUCUCUGGCCGGGCUUAUUGCCAGCUUAACACACAACCCUAUCUAUAUGAUGGUGCUAAGAACUGUUCCUCCAGAAGAGAAGUCUUUUGCCAUAGGCAUCCAAUUUCUGCUACUUAGGGUUCUGACUUGGCUGCCAGCCCCUGUUCUGUUCGGGAUGACCAUAGACUCCACAUGCAUCUGGUGGAAAACUGCUUGUGGGAAAAAGCAAGGCUGUGGUUACUAUGACAACAACCUCCUUAGAAACAGGUAUCUAGGACUUCAGGUGGGCUAUAAGAUAUUAGGCAUUACACUCAUGGCAUUUAUUGGCUGGAAAAUGCAUCGGACCAGAGAGUACAGCUUAGAGAAAAAGCUUGAGGGACCUCUGUGAUGCCUCAACCCUGCUUUAACUUUUGAGAAUCUUCUCAGUAAGUUGAGCCCCUGGAUGUCUUUUGUCAGAAACCCCUCGUUUUAUUAACUGGCUGGAAAUGUUGUACAAUGACAGCAUGGGUAUUUAUUUCCAUCCUACAAGAGUGGGUCCUAGCUUGAUAUAUUCAGGGACUUGGUGCCAGUUUGCCACCUCCUCCACAUUUAUUUUUGGGGAAAAAAGAGCUUUGUACAGAGCUCAAAAACUGUAAUGCUCUCUGGACAUUCAUCCAAAACUUAGCAACAAUUUUCAUCUGCAGAUUACUGGAAAUGUGUGCUGCUGGAUUUACGAUUGUGGCACCUCUAGGCUGGACACAAAACAAAAGGCUCGAUUGUAAACAAAACAUAUUAGAAAUGUCUAUUUACUGUGCUUGCAGUACCUUUGGUUAAUUUGCAUUUGAUAUAUGUUGCAGAAUGGGAAGUUUUUAAAGAUACAGUAUAUCUUUUAUUCUAUUUGAAGACUAUCUGAAGCAUGUGAGAUGCUCUUUAUACCCAAAUGCACACAUUUAGACCUGAGUGUGUCAUAUCAAUCAUAGCCUGUGGAUAUAUAUUUUUAAAACUCAAAGAGUGUGAAUUCAGGUGUGUAGUUCAAAUAAUAAUAGUAACCUGAGCAGAUUUUAAUUGUUACUUUCAAAAGUGAAGACAUUUUGAAAAUAGACAUCAAAUGUUUGUAAAAUAUAUUUUCAUACCUAAUGUAGCUGUUGUAUAAUAACCUGUUUGUAUACAUUUUAUCUCGGUUCUUAAAGGGAUAGCUCACCUAUAAAAUUGUAUUCUUUCAUAAUUUACUCACCCUCCUGGUAUCCCAGAUGUGUAUGACUUUGUUUCAUAAGCAGAAAACAAAGUAAGAU